AGAGCCUCAACGGCAAGUGCUUGUAAGAGUCUCAGUUGCAGAAUCUCCUCACACGGAUAGUAAAGAUAUAAACAUUACGCAGGGCUCACAGAUGUUCAUUUUGUGUAAACUUGUUGUUUCUGCCGGUGUAGAGGAUGUCCAGAGCUGACUGGGGUUUUCUGGAGCACCUGCUGGAAGAGGGUCAGGAGUACUCGACAGCCAUUGGGCGUGUGUGGCUAACCGUGCUCUUCCUCUUCCGAAUGCUUGUGCUGGGCACGACGGUCGAAUCUGCAUGGGACGACGAACAGUCUGACUUCAUUUGCAAUACCAAACAGCCCGGCUGUGAGGCCGUCUGUUAUGACAAGGCGUUCCCCAUCUCCCACUUCCGGUACUUUGUUAUGCAAGUCAUCUUCGUCUCGACGCCGACUAUUUUCUAUUUCGGCUACGUGGCCCUCAAGGCUGGAGAUAAGAGAAAGCAAGAAGAAAAAGUAGAAGAGCGCAGAAGACAAAGAUAUCCAAAAACCAAUGAGCGUACCCUGGAGGCCAUAAUAGAGGAAGAUGAAGAGGAUGCAAACAAAGCAUCGGAAAAGAGAAGUAGAGCUCCAGAACCUCCAAAGCUAAAAGGACGGUUGUUGUGUGCUUACGCAGCCAGCUUAGCCCUGAAAGUUCUUCUAGAAAUCGGCUUCAUUGUAGGCCUGUGGUUCCUGUAUGGAUUUGUAGUCGAGCCAAAGUACGAGUGCAGGAGGUCUCCAUGUCCUCACACAGUUGACUGCUAUGUCUCACGGCCCACCGAGAAAACUAUAUUCACCGUGUACACGCAAGUGAUCGCUGCGAUCUCGGCUCUCCUCAAUGUCGUUGAGCUUUUUCACCUGCUUCAGUUAGCAGUAACUUACCGACUAGAGAAGCGAUAUCAGUGCCAGGAGGAUAUUAGUAAACAUAUCGGUAGGAAUCCAUCUCGAUCUGUACAAGCUAAAGUUCAGUUAGCAACAUUUAAAGAGAGGGAUCAUCUCUUUCUACCCAUAACCAAUGACAGGUACCCUGCAUCAGGGUUAAAAUGGGACAACAGAGAAGCACACCCAACGGAGGACAUGCUCCCUAGCUACCUUAACUGCAUAAACAAUGUGAAACCAGCUACGCACAAAAGCCCCUCAACAAACCAUUUUCACAAAAAGCACAAUAAGACUGACAACAAUGACAGACCCUCCAAACAAGGACAUUAUGUUUAAAGAACAGAACAAUGAGAACCAAGGAUCACAUUUUGGGGAGUUACAAUACAGUGAAAGUCAGACACACAUAAAUAACUGUAAGUGGUUUACUGUACAUUAGAGGGGCAUUUCCUUUGUUUAGAUAAACAGGGAAAUGAGCAGUGGGAUGGACUGUCCUCCGUGAUCAGUGACUAGAUACAAGGUCUCUUUAGCAGUGAUUAAAUCAAAGAAACUCAAGUCGAGAAAUAUUUAAAACACUAAAGCUCAGCGGCUAAAUAAACGCCAAACCAAAUGGUGCUUUACAGUCAAGUACUACACUGCAGGUCACUUUGCAUAAAAGCGUCAGCCAAAUGCAUAAAUAUAUAAAUGUUUUAUACGGUACAGCUUGGGUAAUUAAUACCAUACUGUAUUUGAGAACAAAGUGAAUUAUGUGAAAGUGAACUAAAUUCAAUAUUUAAUGUAUUUAAAAUCAAUGCAUAUUGUUUAUCUUUUUCAUAUUUAUCUACUUUUAUUAAAAAUGUUUAGCUCUU